CGGAGAGAAACGUGCGACGCGGGCCCUAGAUUCCUCGCACUCACAUGCCGCGCGCGCACUGCCUCGCAGGCGCGGUGGUCCCCGCUCGCCCCGUCAGGUGCUCUGCCGCACCGCCUCUCCUUGCCGUGGGCCCCAACGGGUCCCCGCAAAAACGCCCGCGCGGGGCCUUGCCUGCUCGCUGCGCCCCUUUCUGCUUUCGGGUCACUGGUUUGGAGGCGGGGUAGGGUUUCGGAUUCGGCCGCUGCCGCCGCCUUUGGAGAGCAGCUUCGUUGAUGCACCCCGCCGGCGGUGACCGCGGCGGCGGUGCGAUGGACGCCCGGCAAGACCGCCGUCAACAUCCGGCAGGCCCCGCCCGUGCGCAGCCCGUCCGUGGAGACUGUCCCCGCUCUCCUCCAGUUGCGCUGCAGACCACACGCGCCUCUUCCCCUGCGUUUUGCCUCUGUACUCCCAUGCCUUAAGGUAAUUUUUAGAUCUGAGUGACCUCCGAAUUGGUGGGGGGAGGUGUUUCUUCUCCCAUUCGCUUCUGAUGCUUGCAUUUUUGUACCAUGUGCUCCGUGCGUGGCUACAUUUGUUUGCUGCAUUUGUUUCUCCGCCUUCGACCGAGUGCUAUGGCGUCCAAGCUUCGUCGCUGAUGUUGCCUCCAUGGGCCUCCAUCGAGGGGCUUCACCGGUGUUCGUCAUGGCGGCAUUUGUGCGUGUGGUGGCCGUGGCAGCAGCGUUGGCUGCAGAUGCCGCGAAUGAUGGCUGGCGGCCCCAGUGGCGCGUCCGUCGAGGAGGCGGCCACCGCCAGGAUCCAAGCCACAUCCAAAGGCAGCCCCGUCCCCAUCCCGCCUACAUUGUCGCCGUCCCUGUUCCCUACAUUCAGAGGCUGGUAAGUGGUAAGUUGCCCAGCGAGUGUGAGCUGCUGCUCACGGCCGUGCGGCGGUCCUCCCAAGAGCACAAUACACAAGUGAUUUAUGCAAAGUUUGGAGUUUGGACCAGACCAUAUGUUUUAAGUGAGCAUGCUGAAACAGUAAAUCUGAAAUCAAAUGGUGCUAACUACAUCCAGCCAUCUAGGAGUUGGAGGACCGGCUCCACAGCGGCGGGGCGCGCAUGCACGGAGAGCUCGGACGUGGAGGUUACUGCAGACCAAUACCCAUUUACAAAUUUGAUAUUUGUUUAUCAUAUCUAUAUAUAUUAUUCAUGGUAGCUUUAAGCUUCCCAACACCAAUAUAAUUACUAUGCCGAAACCAAUGUAGUGUGGCAUAUCUCAUAUGUGAUCAUUUUGUCCUUGCAAUUCAAUAGAUCAUCAGUAUGUUAUUUAGACAAUGACAUAUUCUAGCAAGAGUUUUCUAUGAGGCCAUUAGUGGAUUAUUUAAGGUAGGUCUCAUAGUGUGUGUGCCUUCGUGCUAACUCUCAGUUUUCUGAUAAGAAUUUCUGCUGCCUAAUGCCUAUAGUAUGCAUGGUCUUAUUUUUGGUUUAAGGACACAUAAAUUGCAUUUGUGGGCUUCUUGCACUGUAAGUGAUAUAGAAGUUUUUUAGUGAUUGUCCAUUGAAAAUAG